AUGUCAGACAGAAUUGACUGGUUACAAAGUCAAAGUGAAGUAUGCAGAGUCGAUGUCUAUUCACCUGGAGACAACCAAUCCCCCAAGUGGAAAUUGGAUGCCUCAACGGAUCCUGUCAGAGUGCUCAGCUGGCUCCGCAGAGACCUAGAGAAAAGUACAGCAGGGUUCCAAGACGUCAGGUUCCAGCCCAGAGAAUCAUCCCCUGGGGAGACGACCAACGCAGAAGACCCCUCCAAAGCUUUCUCUGUGGACUAUUACAACACCACCACCAAGGGCAGUCCAGGGAGAUUGCAUUUUAAGAUCUCCCACAAAGAGAAUCCCUGCCAGGGCCCCAGGGCCCAAAUUGGUAACAAGAGUUCAGUAGAUGAAGUUUCCUUCUAUGCUAAUCGCCUCACAAAUCUAGUCAUAGCUAUGGCCCGCAAGGAGAUUAAUGAGACAAUCGAUGGUUCUGGAAACAAAUGUAUCCAUCAGUCAUUGUAUGUGGGAGAUGAACCCCCUCCCAACAAAUCCCUGAGUAACAUGGCAUCAGAGCUGGUGAAUGAGACCGUCUCUGCGUGUGCCGGGAAUGCUGUCCCAGACAAGGCUCCACGCUCUGGAGACAGAGCCUCCGGGUCAUUACAGAGUCUCCGUAAUUUGAAAUACAAGUCCACUGUGAAGAUCAAGGAGAGCAACAAGGGCAGCCAGGGCCCUUCCAGGAAGUCUUUCUUCUUUAAGGAGGUGCUAGAAUCUCGCAAUGCGGGUGAUACCAGGGAGGGUGGAAGAAGGCUAUUUCGAGGGCAGGAAAGGCCUGACGACUUUACAGCUCCUGUCAGUGAUGGGAUCAUGAUGUAUGCCAACAGCGUGGUGUCUGAUAUGAUGGCUUCCAUCAUGAGGACACUGAGGAUCCAAGUCAAAGACACAACCAUCAUCACCAUCGUGUUGAAGAAGGUUCUGCUCAAGCAUACGAAAGAGGUGGUCUCCGAUCUCAUUGACUCCUUCAUGAAGAACCUCCACAGUGCCACAGGGACCCUCAUGACUGAUGAAGACUUUGUCUCGGCGGUGAAAAGAAAUGUCUUCUCUCAUGGAAGCCAAAAGUCCUCUGACAUCAUGAACGCCAUGCUGAGUAAGCUAUACGAUGUGAUGUUCGCCAAGAAGGUGCCUGAGAUUAUCAGAAAAACUGAGGACAGGUCUGAGAGUUUUUCCCUUUUCUCCACGAAAGGAAAGGGUGACCCCAAAAACCGAAAUGUGAACUUUGCAAUGAAAUCGGUAGACGAAUUGAGAGAAAAGGUAUAUCCGGCAUCCAAACCAGCGAAGGAGAAGACUUGUGCCGAAACUCUGAGUGAACACAUCAUCAAGGAGGGGCUGUCCCUCUGGCAUGACAGUCAACAGAACAAAUGUAAAUCUCCAGGUUUGCAGCGGGCAGCAAGUGGUGCUCCCAACAAACAGUAUAUGUCUGCACCUGACAUUCCCUUGGGGUAUUCUCAUGAUGCUUGUGACCUCAGCCCUCCUCUGUGUCACCCAGAGGAACCUGAGGAUUUGAUGUGUGAUUCAAAGUCCUGGGCCAAGGACCUGAUUGUAUCUGCCCUACUUCUGAUUCAACACCACCUGGCCCUGGGAGGAAGAAUGGAUGCAGGGAGCUUCCUUGAAGCCGCUAGCACCACCAACUUUUCUACCAACAAGCCCCCUGAAGUUUCCAAUAAGUCCUGCGUCAACCAAGAACAAGCAGAAAAGAAGACUCUAAUGAGUGUUUUCUUCAAUUUUAUACGGAACUUACUUAGUGAGACAAUUUUCAAGAGUGGCCACAGCCCUGAACCCAAGGUGCCGGAAGAGCCAGUCAGGGAAGAAGAUAGGCACCGGUGUGAAAGAACUAUGACCCCUUCUUCUGCCAGCCCAUGUGAAUGUGAUGAGGCUGGUGGUCCCCUUUCUGGGAUGACCAAGAUGAUAGUCAACCAGCCAGAUGGCGACAUGGAUGGGAAGAUGGUAGAACAUCUGAUGGAUUCAGUGAUGAAGCUGUGUCUCAUCAUUGCCAAGUCCUGUGACUCCCACUUGACAGAGCUGGGAGACGAGAACUCUGGAGAUGCCGGUGGGCCCACAACAGCCUUCCCAGAUAAUUUGUAUGAUUGUUUAGCAGUCAAGGGGACAGAGACAGCAGAAGCCAUCCUGCAGAAUGCCUAUCAGGCUAUCCAUAGUGAACUGAGAGGUGCCUCAAGACAGUCCCCUGAAGAGUGUCCAGCACCCAAGAUCAUUGUCAGCAAUCACAAACUCAUGGACACAAGUCCAGACAAGCAACUCCAAGCCGUCCUUCAAUGGGUGGCUGCCUCUGAGCUCAAUGUCCCUAUUUUGUACUUUGCUGGUGAUGAUGAAGAGAUCCAGGAGAAG